UUUUUUUCUGGUCACUAGCUUAUUUUUUGAAUUCUCUUCUACACAGUUUAAUUAAACUUCUGAAUUCGAGAGAAAAAUGCCACUUGCAUUUUAGCUUGGGUAUUGUUCAUAUUUUGAAAUAUGGCACAUUCUCAUCCAAAGAUGAAGUAAAUAAAAAACACAAUUUUCUGUACUAGUGGACUAUUAAUUGAUAAGUGUAUCCAGUUGAUGGAGUUUUCAGCAACACGUCCUUGAAUGGUGGUAUGCAUCAAUGUGACGUAUUCAUGCAAUAUAACGUUUUCUUUUAAACAAGUAUAAACAUCUUUAAAACAUAUAGUUAUACAAAUGUGAAUUCGUAUUGUAAAUUAUGAGAUUUUACAUGGUACCACAUGAUCAAUGUACACACCAUAGUGUUAUAUUCCAGUAAUGUUCCCUGCACGUUUUGAUAAAACCAAUUUACCAUUUUUUGUAAGCUAUAUUUAAUAAAAAAGGUAAUAUCUCUUUCACUUAUAUGACCCUUUUUGUUAGUACAAUUUUGGGGGUUACUGUUUGUAAAAAACCGCCAAAACAACAACAGACGGUCGAGUUUCCAUUUAUAGAUAGAUUUGCUUACUAUUACACUGAACGAAACUUCUGAAGCCCGUCGAUAUUUUUUAUCUUUAUCUUUCAUAUUGCAAACAGUAUAAUUCAUGAACUUUCUCAUAAGUUAAGAACAAUAUGUUUUACAUUAUGAUAUUUCAUUGUUCGGAUUUGUUGAACUUUCUAUCAGUUACGUACGUCAGUUUUUUUUCUAAAAGAAUGCAAAAUUUCAUAAAAAUGCUACUUGUGAUAUGAAAAAUAUUGCAAAAAAAAAGAGUAGAUGUUUCAAUUAUGUUACAUUUUACACAGUAUUUGGAAGUGUUUUUUGUUGUAAAUUGAUAUUGAAAAACAGUAACAUUUAAGAAACUUAUCUUUUUUAUUAAAACAUCGUAAUUUUGCCGACACAAACAAUACUGAGAUUUAUCUACGUUUGAACCUGAUUGCGGUCAUGGAUAAAAAAGAACCUCACUGACAUUAAUGUUUGUAAUAUUGGUUGUUUAAAAGUUCAACGUUAACAUAAAAUGACAGAGAAUAUGUAUGGAGUGUAAGCACAGGAUAUAUACAACAACUCCAUUUCCAGGAAAACGUAUAUAUUGUAUCAAGUGAUCUAUAGUGGGUUGAGAGAAAUGUGACGCAGACUGUUUGCGACGCAAUAAACAUUUAAAACUAAAACGCGGUUACAUAAUAUAUAGGUUCAAUCUGGGUAUCAAAUAAAUGGGCGAGUUUAAAAGAAAUUGCGGAAGCCAAAAUAAGUAAACCUCAAAUAAUGUUUUUUUUUAUUUCUUUGUCACAUUGUUAGUACAGAGUGGCACAUUUUAGGUUAUAGAUCUGUGAAACGACAAUAUCGUCAACUAUCAACACAUGCAUCACGACUUGCGGUUUUCAUCCGUGGGUAACUCACACUUUUCUCUUUUUGACAGUCGAUCCGCGUAAAAAUAUGUCUCUUGGCAGAGACAACAAACUGAAAACUUUACGUCAUAAAACAGAGAAAACGGAAUCUAAAAUACAACUGCUAUCUGAUGUCAAAUUAUUACGAAUAUGAGUUUCAAUAUUGAAACAUACAAAAGUCUCAUAAAACGGACAGCAUAAUACAUCAAAGGUUUCCGAACAUUGCCAAAAUAACAUAAAUGUCUAGGAAAACUGAUUUUUAUUUUGCACUAAUCGUCAACAUAAGCAGGACACGAUAACUGACCCGAUCAUACAGGCUGUCACAGUUAAUACGUAACUGAUAAAUAAGAGAUAUUGAGAUUGUUGUUCGUGGACGGGUAAGCGUUUUAAGGCUGAUCUGAAUUCACAAUGGGAUUGUGGUCCACGCUAAAGAACACCGUAAUGGCUGUGGCAGCUGUAUUGAACAUUCACAGUGAGAAUUUAUGUUUUAAAAAUGAAGGUAUUGGAUGCUUUUCUAACGAUCCGCCAUUCACAAAUGCCGCUGGAAAAUUGCCAAAAUCUCCUGCGGAAGUAGGGGUAUCGUUUCUGUUACAUACCCGACAGAAUAGAGAUAAAUACCAGUUACUUACUAAAGAUGUAGUUGACAUAAGAAGAUCUAAUUUUAAUGGAACCAAAGGAACAAAAUUCAUAAUUCACGGUUAUAGAGACGACGGCAGGGAAACAUGGGUUGUCAAUAUGAAAAAUGCGUUGCUUGAAAAGGAGGACGUAAAUGUUAUAUCUGUUGACUGGGAGAAAGGCGCUGACACCAAAGAUUAUAACCAAGCUGCCGCUAACACCCGGGUUGUUGGCGCGUUAAUUGCUCAACUUAUUACGUCAUUGCUUAUGUCAGCAGGUGCCCAGUUUAGUGACAUGCAUUUGAUUGGUCACAGUCUUGGGGCACAUAUAGCUGGAUAUGCCGGAAAGAGAGUUAAGGGUAUUGGAAGGAUUACUGGGCUGGACCCCGCAGGACUUGCAUUUGGAGGAAAGUCGCCGGAAGUGAGGUUAGAUCCCACGGAUGCAAAGUUUGUUGACGUCAUCCAUACAGAUGGACAUCCUAUUCGUACUCUAGGUCUUGGAUCGAGUACCCCGAUGGGGCAUGCCGACUUUUACCCAAACGGCGGAAAGAACCAGCCUGGAUGUAAAGCACCGGGAAAACAUUUGUUCAAGCUUAUCACGGGAAAAUUUAAAACAUUUAGAAAGGGAAUAGGAUGCGACCACGCACGAGCACGUGAUUAUUUUAUCGAGUCCAUAAAUUCCACUUGCCGUUUCAAAGCGUUUCCUUGUGGAAGUACGGAGGAUUUCGAGAUGGGACGCUGCCCGUGCAAUGGCAAGUGCGCGCGCAUGGGGUAUGCGUCAUCGGAAGGAAAGCCGCGAGGAUCUUACUAUUUAACAACGAAGGAUGUCUCGCCAUUCUGUAAAGAGUAAACAUAAUAUGUCAGACUGUUUUUUUUCUGUACUGAGGCUGUAUCACAAUGCGUACAAGCUUGCAACCCGUGUACUUUAUUUACACUAACAUGUUAAAAUUGAGCUAAAAUCGCGCUUAUCUGAUACUGUUCAAAAGCAAAGACUAUUCGGUAUUUUCUGGGAUAUGCUGACAAGACAAACUUGCAGUUUUAUAUGUUGACACACGUUUCGAGAUGAACUGGCCAAACUUUAACAUGCAAGCUGUGGCUUCACAACGCCCGGCAACGUUUUGCGUACAUUUUAUGUCAAUAACUUAAAAUUCAUUUUAAGUGUUUUCGUCUUAAAGUACCUUACGUUACCUGGUACAUAUAUCAAACAAUGCAGACGUGUAAAUUCAACAACAGGCAGUCAGUAUUAGCUGUAUUUAUCAAUAAACAGAGAACAAUAAUGCCUCAAGUUUUUGGUUUAAGGCAGCUCUGCACGAUUGAAAUAAAUAUUGUUCUACCAUGUAGAAUGUUAUUAAAACCAUAUUUUUCA